GGUAACAAAAACAUUAUAAAUUAAAUUAAAUCAUAUAAAAUACUCCAAACUCUCACAGUUGUCUAUACUCUCCCCACUUUCUAUAUUACUUUUUGUCUUCUCCCUUUCUCUACCUCCAAAAGCUGAGGAUAUGAAUCUGGAACUCAGAUAUUUGAUAUUUUGAGUUUCAUAAGCUACAGCAAGAAAAGAAAAAAAGAAAUCCAAAUGGGUGUUCAUGAUUUUCUACGUACACUGUAUCUUCUAUGUUCCAUUGCAUUAUUCUGCUUUGCAAGCUUUGGAUUAGCAGCCACAGCUAAGCUUCACAGUGAAGAAGUUAAGGCUUUGGGAGAAAUAGGGAGGAAACUGGGGAAGAAAGAUUGGGAUUUUGGGAAAGAUCCAUGCCGUAGAGAAGGAAACUGGGCAGGAGAAUAUGGGUUGAAAGGGUUUGAGAACUCAGUGAUCUGUGAUUGCAGCUUCAACCACAAUUCCUCUUGCCAUGUCGUGAGCAUAGCUUUAAAGGCCCAGAACCUAUCAGGAAAUGUCCCAUCAGAGUUCUCUAAGCUUCAUUACCUCAAAAUAUUGGAUCUCAGUCGAAACUAUCUCAAUGGUACAAUACCUCAUGAAUGGACUAAAAUGCGCUCAUUGUCUGAGCUCUCUUUCAUGGGGAACAGAUUGUCAGGUCCAUUUCCAAAAGUUCUCACCAAUAUUACCACCCUCACAAACUUGAGCAUCGAAGGAAACUUAUUUUCAGGACCAAUUCCACCAGAAAUCGGGAAGCUGACCAAUUUACAGAAACUUGUUGUAGCUUCAAAUGCUUUUACAGGAGAAUUGCCAGUAGAACUAGCCAAGUUGACUAACUUAGUUGAUAUGAGGAUAAAUGACAAUAAUUUCUCUGGAAGGAUGCCCGAUUUUAUUGGGAAUUGGACACGGGUUGAAAAACUGCAUGUGGAGGGUUGCUCUCUAGAAGGGCCAAUACCUUCUAGCAUUUCUGCUUUAACGAAAUUAGUUGAUCUGAGGAUAACUGACUUAAAAGGCAAAAAAUCUCCUUUCCCACCGUUGAGUAAUAUGCAAUCAAUGAAAACAUUGAUACUUAGAAAGUGCUCAAUUCAUGGAGUAAUCCCAGCUUAUAUUGCAGAAAUGAGAAAUUUAAAGAAUCUGGACCUUAGCUACAAUGAACUGACUGGUGAAAUUCCGGAAUCUUUCAGCCAACUGGCAAAAGUAGAUUACAUAUAUUUGACAGGGAAUAAACUUACUGGGACUAUACCUGGAUGGGUGCUUGGAAGGAACAAAAUUGUGGAUCUUUCUUACAAUAACUUCACUUGGGAAAGUUCGAGUCCUGCUGAAUGUCCUCGUGGGAGUGUAAAUCUAGUGGAGAGCUACUCCUCAGUAGCUGAUAAACUAAAAAUGCAUCCAUGCCUUAAAAGAAAUUUCCCAUGUUCACAUUCACAUGACCAACUGAAAUAUUCCUUGCACAUCAACUGUGGUGGAAGGGAAGUAAGUAUUAAUGGCAACAUGUAUGAAGCUGAUAGAGAACAAAGAGGUGCAUCAAUGUUCUAUUUGAGUCAGAACUGGGCAUUCAGCAGCACUGGGAACUUCAUGGACAAUGAUAUUGAUUCAGAUAUCUACAUCGAAACCAAUAAAUCUGCACUUUUGAAUUUCUCUGCACCCAAUUCUGAAUUAUACACAACAGCACGGGCAUCUCCCCUGUCUCUUACAUACUAUGGGCUAUGUCUAAUGGAUGGUAACUACACAGUCAGGCUUCAUUUUGCCGAGAUUAUAUUCAUUAAUGAUAGAUCAUUUUAUGACAUUGGGAAGCGUAUUUUUGAUGUCUACAUCCAGGACAAGUUGGUUCUGAAAGAUUUCAAUAUAGAAAAUGAAGCUGGUGGUGCUGGUAAGCCCAUUGUGAAGAAAUUUAUGGCAGUUGUCACGAAUCAUACAUUGAAGAUCCGCUUUUAUUGGGCUGGAAAAGGGACAACAGGAAUCCCAGACAGAGGAUAUUACGGUCCUCUAAUUUCGGCUAUUUCAGUAGAUCCUAACUUCACGCCUCCUUCAACCGACAGCAAAAAGAAACACACCAUAAUCUAUCUGGGGACAUUGGCUGCUGCCCUAUUUCUGUUCCUGUUAGUUUUAGGUAUUAUGAAGCGGAAGGGCUGGUUAGGGAGCAAGGCCUCUACAGAUAAAGAGCUCAAAGAUAUUGAUCUGCAAACAGGACUAUUUACUUUGAGACAGAUCAAGGCAGCCACAGGAAACUUCGAUGCAGCAAACAAACUUGGGGAGGGUGGAUUUGGUGCAGUAUACAAAGGUCUAUUAUCAGACGGUACUAUAAUAGCAGUGAAGCAGCUGUCAGCAAAAUCAAAGCAAGGAAACCGCGAAUUUUUGAACGAGAUAGGCAUGAUUUCAGCUCUUCAACAUCCUAAUCUUGUAAAGUUACAUGGAUGUUGUGUUGAAGCAAACCAUUUAAUGCUUGUGUAUGAGUACAUGGAAAACAAUUGUCUAUCCCGCGCACUAUUUGGGAAGGACCUGGCUAGCAGAUUGAAACUAGACUGGCCUACCAGGAAGAAAAUUUGCCUAGGCAUUGCUAGAGGUUUGGCCUAUCUUCAUGAAGAGUCAAGAUUAAAAAUAGUGCACAGGGAUAUCAAGACAAGCAAUGUUUUGCUUGAUAAGGAUUUCAAUGCUAAAAUUUCGGACUUUGGCUUGGCAAGGCUCAACGAAGAAGAAAAUACCCACAUCAGCACUCGGGUCGCAGGAACCAUUGGUUAUAUGGCUCCUGAGUAUGCAAUGCGUGGUUACUUAACCUACAAAGCUGAUGUUUAUAGCUUUGGAGUUGUCACAUUGGAGAUUGUCAGUGGAAAGAGCAACACAAAUUACCGGCCCAAUGAGGAAUUUGUUUACCUUCUUGACUGGGCCUAUGUUUUGCAAGAGAGGGGGAGUCUAUUGGAAUUGGUUGAUCCAGCCAUGGGUUCAGAAUAUUCAUCAGAGGAAGCUGUUUUGAUGCUAAAUGUUGCUCUCCUUUGUACCAAUGCAUCCCCAACACUUAGGCCUACAAUGUCCCAAGCAGUGAGCAUGCUCGAAGGGCGAACCACCGUCCAUGAACUUCUUUCUGAUCCUGGAUUUUCAUCCAUCAAUUCAAAAUGCAGUACCUCCAGAAAUCACUUUUGGCAAAACCCAAGUCCUAGUCAUAGCAUGUCAACCAAUGGCCACUGUACUAUUACUGAUAGCUCUAGCUCCUGUAUUAAAACUACCUGAAUGGAGUCAGUUCAGUUAAAUCUGAUGAGUUAAUUGUAAAUCGCAGUUCCAGGUAUUAGUAUAAAAAAAGAAAUCUCAAUUGUAUAUACUCUGAUCAGAAAUAUAUAAUCUAUAUUCUUAAAGUUGAAAUCAUAA